AUGUCGCUAACGAAUUAUUAUUCCAUGAUGGGGCUGCAGCCGGAGGAGCCGUACGGAGCGCAUUUCAUCACCGGGGGCUUGCAGGGUUCGGCGCCCGGCUGCGGGAAGCCGGUGCGCGGAGACGCCGAGGAGGAGGCGGACACCCCCGGCUCGCACAUUCCGGAUUUUUCGCAUUUCUCCAGCAAGCAAACGAGCCUGAACGGUUUUUCCGCCUGGACAUCCGCCUCUCCUCCGCCUGCGUCCUCGUCUCAGUCCGCCUCCAUCCCCUCCGGGCUCUUCCACCCGCACCACCUCCUGGGCCGGCACCACCCGUACUACGGACCGCAGGCCGACCACAUCCCUCCGCCGGCCGCCUCCGACAGCAGGUUCGUCCGCUGUUGGGAGGCGGCGGCCGCGGCGGCGGCGGCGGCGGCUGUGGGUUCGAGCCCGGAGACCGCCCUGUCCCAGAGCGCCUUCCUGCCCGCGCAGCCGGGGGACCUCACGAACCCGAGCCCGCGGUACGAGGCCGUUAAAGCCGACAGCUCCCCGCCGUCUCACGGCAGCCCCGGAGACUCGAGCUUCGACAGCCCGGCCGAGGUGGUCCUGGAGCGGCUCGGUACCGCGGAGGAGACGGCGAGGAACGCGGAGCCCAAGAAAGAAGAGGAGGCCGGGAGAGCGCAGCUGGACCCGGAAAACCCAUCAGCCAGCUGGAUCCAUGCCAAGUCCACCCGGAAGAAGAGGUGUCCGUACACCAAACACCAGACCCUGGAGCUGGAGAAGGAGUUCCUCUACAACAUGUACCUGACCCGGGACCGGCGCCUGGAGGUGGCAGGACUCUUAAAUCUGACAGAGAGACAGGUCAAAAUCUGGUUCCAGAACAGACGCAUGAAAAUGAAGAAGCUGAUGAUCCGGGAGAGGAGGAGCCUGAAUGACUGA